AUCCUCGCGCUCGCUCGCUUCGGUCUAGAAGAUCCAAGUUUUGAGUCCAAGCGUCAGCGAGUCCAAGGGCGAGUCCGUCGGAUACAUCAAUUGAACAGAUACGCUUGCCUUGUUCAUUCUCUUCCCCUUUCGACCCUUCAUCUCUUGAGCAACAACAUAGCCAGCGCGGUUCCAACAGUCGUCCCUUUGAAGCGUCAUUGCUCCCAUUGCACCGAGUCACUUCCCUCUCUAGCAUCCAAACAAUGGCGACCAACAUUACUCAUCAUGCAGGCAUCACCUACUCUGAGCGAUCUUCAGCUCUAGGCGUUGCGGGCUCGACGCUUUGGUUCACUGGUCUCUCAGCAUCCGGCAAGUCCACCAUCGCAGUAGCGCUCGAGAACAGGCUGAUCAGGAGCGGAAGGAACAGCUUCAGGCUGGAUGGAGACAAUAUCCGGUUCGGUUUGAACAAGGAUUUGGGCUUCAGCCCAAAGGACAGGGAAGAAAACAUUAGGAGAAUCGCAGAGGUGUCUCUGCUCUUCGCGUCCAGCUGCGCAGUCACCAUCACCUCCUUCAUCUCGCCCUACGCUGCCGAUCGAGACCUGGCUAGAUCUCUGCAUGCAAAGCACGAUCCUCCCCUCCCUUUCAUCGAGGUGUUCGUCGAUGCUUCUGUAGAGGAAUGCGAAAAGAGGGAUCCCAAGGGCCUGUACAAGAAAGCUAGGGCUGGAGAGAUCAAAGAAUUCACCGGCAUCUCUGCUCCGUACGAAGCGCCUCAGAAGCCGGAAAUCCACAUCAAGGCGGGUGCUACAUCGGUGGACGAGGCGGUGGAGCAGAUCGUUCAGUACUUGGUCAAGAAUGACAUCAUUCCUCCCGAGAACUAGAGCGUCACUCGAGGCAACCAAUUAGCCCGAAUGUCUGGAAGACGCUAACAAGCACCUCACAACCUCACAUGGGCUCGGCAUCACGGAUGGCGCAUGAACAAGGAUGAAAAGCAAUUGACAUUCUCUGAUGAACGAGCCCAAAAGAGUGUCGGCAGUUGGAUCAGGUUUCGGUGCGUUCUGAAAGGAAUGACUCACGACCCUUCGAGGAGGGCGCGCGGAUGAGAUAUCCGUGCCGAUAAAGUAGAACUUGAAAAUGGGGGAGCAAGAGUCCUUGAUCCGAUGAGUCGCUCAAAAAGAGAGUGAUGCCUAGAUAGCUCGAAAAGUCAACAUUAAGUGUUA